AUGCUUUGUUCGAAAUCAGUGAAAACUGCAGAUGUUUUGGACGCUAUUCCGGAAGUACAAUUAUACCAUAAUUUUCUAGCGAAAAUAUAUGCCGAAGAGAAGUUUGAAAGCUGUUUGAUUUACGGAGAAGUACGAAGUAGUGAAACAUUGGCAUUGCUGUUACGCAUCACCGUCGAAGACUUCAAACAACCCAUCAUUUUUCAAAGCAAGCAUUCCUCCUAUCAAAUUGCAAAUAUCUUCAAUAGAAAUAUACUCGUCAUAGCACAGCUAGAGAGCUUUGAUGUGGAACUGCUCGUGGUUUCUGACAUACUCGAACUCGUGCGACAGAUGCGUAUAAUUCUCAUCGACGUCGAGGUCGGCACUAAGUCAAAUACUGAGCAAUAUUUAAGACAAAUUUUCCGAUUAUGCGAAGCAGAAAAAAUGCUUAAUGUUGUUGCAAUUUUUGCGGAUUUUCCACACACGAAAGUAUUUUACAGUUACACAAUUUUUCCCACAUUUGAAUUGGAGGAAAAGUCACUUAGUGUCGGUGGUGUAGAGGUGUUUCCACAACGUUUGAAGAAUCUGCAUGGUUAUGGCAUACGCACAAUUCCCGAUCAAAUCUUUCCAUUCUCAUUUGCUUACGAGCUGGAUGGACAUAUACAAGUAGCCGGAUAUUUACAAAAGCUCCUCGAGGCUUUUGCGAAAAGUGUUAAUGGUUCGUUGGCCUAUCCCAAGCCUUUAGUCUUAGAUAACAUGUACUUUCCAGCCUCUCUACUCAAUAUGACACGCAGCAAUGAAAUUGAUAUACCAAUGGCUCGCAUGUAUUUACAAGUUUCGAGAACGUUCCGUACAGCCUCCAAACCUUUCAGUAUUAGCGGACUUUGUGUCAUUGCACCAAUUCAGUGGUACUACACCUUCCAGGAUUUCUAUAACAUGUAUUCAAUUCGAAUAUAUAUUGCUUUAACUUCGAUUGGCGUUCUAACUAUAUACACUUUGUUUUAUUGGUGUAGUCGUCUGCAAUGUCUACGUGCUGGAAGACCUUGUUAUCAGAAUUUAUUUCUAGCGAUUACUGAACCGAGCGCUAUGGCGCUAUACGUUGGAACAGCUCAACCCACACACCUGAAUCGUUUAUGGACCUUAUGCAUAUUGAUUUUCUUAUCCAUGGUAUGGACUCUAUGCGUUCACACACAAUUCUCGGCAAAUCUCAAUACCUUCAUUACUGAGCCGACAAUGAUGCCGAAUCCAAGCCAAUGGGAGGACUUGAGUAAAAAUGGGCACAAAAUAUUAAUCAGCGCUUACAACUAUCAAUACAUUGCUCAAUGGUGUGGUGAAUUGUGCGAAAAUUUAGAAAAAUAUUUGGUUUUGGUAGAGACACAAGAGCAAUCUCGUCGGGAAAUGCAAAAAUUGAAUACUAGCUAUGCUUAUCUUGUGGAUCUAUUUACAUGGCAGUUUAUGCAGUUGAGAAUGAGACCACUCAAGAAGCCCAUAUUUCGUCUAACCGAUAUGUGUGUUCGCAAGGAAAUCGUCUACUGUCUGCCAUUGCAGCCGAACUCGAUUUUCAAGGACGCUUUAAAUUUGUUUCUUACAAGAGUCGUCGAUCAUGGUUUAAGACAAUUUUGGAUUGACGCUGCGUAUUUAGAAGCGAUUAGCUCGGGUAAAAUGCAUAACAUAACAUAUACCGACACAGAGCUGCGACCGCUCGAUAUGGAGUACAUGUCGUUCGCUUGGUCCUUGUUCGGUUAUGCUUGGACUUUAGCUAUAUUUAUAUUCGCAUGUGAGGUGCUUGUUGGAUGGAGGCAACAAUUGAUGUAG